AUGACGGACAUCAACAUGGAAACAAGCGAGGCCGUCGACAACGACGUAAACAGCAAAGCCUGCCUCGGAACGACGGAAGACAGGAACUUCCUUGCGAGCAUGGUGCAUCGCUUUGCGCGUGAUGACCUCAAGAGCGACGGUGAUGGUGUCGAAGCAGCUAUACGGAUGUGCGUCCACACGGUCCCAGCAUGGAAGAGAUGGGUGUAUGCCAUACUGACGUGCGGGCUUUGGGUCUUCAUGCGACCUCCUGAUGACACAGGUGUCCUCAUUCUGACGAAAAAGGGUCGCAUGAUCACGUAUGGCAAGAAACAGCAGGCGGAUCCGAACAGUGUGGGAGGCUUCCUGUUCCAGACGCUGCUCAUGUUUUUCGCUUUGGCCCUGGUCAUCACCCUGAUAGGCGCAGCACAAGGCUCCGGAGCGGAGAUUUUCGCGCUGAUGGACGAGGUCAACUACCAACGGGCUUGUUGGACGACUUUGUCCAUCGCGGCUUUGCUGCUCGUUCUCUACCUCUACUCCCAUCGUCCGCGUCUUGACUGCGGGUCCUCAUAUCGGCAACAUUUCGCAGUGAGCGAUCUGUGUGCAGCAGUCUAUGCCCGGGAGGACUAUGGCGGUUUCUGCGGACGACGAAAACGCGGAGAACUGAAACUUGCAUUCACCAAAUACUACCCGGACGAAGUGAGCCUGGCUACAGGCCUCCCGCCGACUGCACCGAAUGCCAACUGCAUUGGCCCCGUGGCAGCGCUGCCUGUGGCCAUGGCAGGUGAAUCGGCGUCGGUGCUUCAAGAAAAGUCUCGAUCAGCUCAGGAGCAGGCACGCGGCGGUGGCCCCAAGCUCUUACUUGGCAGUCGGACAGCAACGCUGCUCGGCAUCUUGGGAACUCUCGGGGCGCUCUACGAGUAUCUCUCCAUGCUGAGCUACGCCGUGCACCUCACGCCGAUCUGCACGACGAAGCGCAAAGGCUGCUCCUGGAAGGUGGAGAACACCAAGUUCCACGGAAAGAAGUCCUUUGCCGAGGGCACUUUGGCUCCGUCUAAUCCUGAAGAUGCUGGCUGCAUGGAGGGCCGGCAUUUUUGCGACUUCUACUGGCGGCACACGGACUUUUGCAGUCCAGAUCAGGCAGAGUACCAGCAGGCGUCUGCAGCUGUGGAGUGUGAACAGCUUCCUGUGCUGUUCGCCUUGCUCGAGGAAGUGCCGCUGUACUCCUCGGCGAUUGAGUCCAUAGAUGUGAAGUACGUCACACAUACCAGUGGUGUCGUACCAACAGUGUCGUCUCCGCGCUAUUUUCGUGGCGGAGACUCGGUUGUGCCGAAGGGCAUGGAACUGAAGCGGAUUGGAUCCGCACACUCAGAAGUGAAUGGUCUCCUCUCGAAGCACUUGCCCAUCGACUUUAAGCAGGACAGGGCAGAUGCGGGUGUGUGA